AUGAUUAUGAGAGUACCGUCACCACCACAGGACCUUCAAAAAACCCAAGAUGGACGAGAGGAGGACGCAGAAAGGAUCGUCAGGGCGAACCGCUACGUAAAGGUCCUAGCUGAAGAGAGCUUCAAUAGAGUCGAGGAUUUCAUCGAGAAAGCCACAAGGGAACUAGAUUAUUAUAUCAGAGAUGAUCCAGAAGACAUUAAAGUCGCGGAAAUGAUCGCCAACAAAAUGGAACAAUGUGAAAAAAUACGUACAAGCUUUUCCCUUCUAUCAUGCGAGAAUGGACAGCGUCUCAACAAUCCUCCUCGUUCCACUACGCCUGUUUCUAUAGAUGAAACACAGAAAGAAAGUGAUGUAUUCGGGCCUCCACUACUUGAAAGAAGAUUUGAUCGAAAUUGGCAAAGGAGGCUAAAGCACAUCAUGUCGCAACCGACGGCGCCCACACAGGGAAAGAAAACGCCAUUGCCCACUCCACAAGGAUCACAAGAAGAAAACGCUACACAGCUAUCAGAUAGACAACCAUUGACAUUUGGUGCUACACCUAGCAAAGAAGGCGCAAAUGGCACAAACAACAAAGUAGCAAAUAAAGGAGGCAAAGAAAGUGCUGAUGAACAUGAACAUGGCAAGUUGAAAAAUGCUUUCAAGAAGAAAUGGAAGAAACUGUUCAAAGAAAAAUCGCAGUCGCAAAGGCCAACUGAAGAAAAGAAGAGUUGGUGGCAAUUUUGGUAG